AUGAGGGAUUGGGAUCGAGGGGCCUUUAGAGAAUUUCGAAUCCCCACUAUUUGGGAUUUCUCUCUCUCUCUCUCUCUCUCUCUCUCUCUCUCUCUCUUGUGUUCCGCGGCUUCGGUGGCCAGCCGGGGCUAUAGCAUCACCCUCCUUCCUGGCGAUGACAUCGGCCCUGAGGUCGUCUCCGUUGCUAAGGAUGCUCUCUCCCUCGCUGGCUCUUAUGAAGGGAUUGAGUUUCGGUUCCGGGAGAUGAUGCUUGGUGGUGCGGCGCUGGAUGGUGUUGAGAUUCCGCUGCCGGAGGAGACGUUGGAGGUUGCCAAGCAGUCGGACGCCGUCCUUCUUGGAGCCAUUGGAGGGUAUAAAUGGGAUGCGAAUGAGAAGCAUUUGAAGCCAGAGGCAGGGUUGCUUCAGCUACGGCCAGGGCUUGGUGUGUUCCAGCCGCUGUGUUACCACAAAAUGGGAGAGAAGUCUUGUAACUAUUUUCUUGAAGUUAUCCCUCAAUAUAUUAUCGAAGAAAUCGUUGCAUAUAUCGCUUCAACAUUUUCUACAUCUCUUCAUGAUCUGAAAAUGUUACGUGCCUGUUGUGAAAGUUUUUGUGCAGCAAUGAAAAGUCGCAAAGUUGGCCAAUUUAUGCGAGUUGAUAAUUUAUGAUUUAUUGACAUGAAGGAGUACAUUAUUUUUCUUCAAAAUUGUGGCCGAAGAGACAAUUUGGAAACUCUUUUGGUGCUUGGAUUGGUGAAAACCUUAUCAUUCA